AUUUUAUAUGACAUCCUCGGAAUACAUUUGGCUGCAUUCCUGAGGAACCACUUCACUUGUGUCACGUGAACUCAGACUGACCAUCAGCUGUCCUCAGUAAGGACGUUUUAAUCAGAUACGGGUUACACUCGGGUUUCACUUUCUGUCCUGUUUGGUAGCGUUGUAAUCUGUGUAAUUACAGGAAACUGACGCCAUGUCUCUUUCAAAUUAAUUAUUUAAAUGUUUUAAGCCUCUGGGUUACUCUAAAGCUGGUUGAUGACAUUUGCCUCCAUCCUGUGGGCAGCAACGAACUUCUCAGUAAAUCAGUGUGAAUUUUUAAAUGAGUACCACUAAUGGAGCUGCGGUUAUGUGGAAAAAAUGUUCUUUUUUUCCUUUUUCUGGGUGGAGGUAUGGCUACAUUUCAGAGGGUAACCAUGCCUUUCAGCAGGAGUGAGGUCACUCAGAUUCCAGCAAGAUGCCUGGCUUUGGCUGCACUAUGCUGGCCGCGAUGUUCCUGCUCCCUCUCCUCCUGAAUGCCGUGCUGGGCUUUAAACUGUGCCCCAGCCCCUGCUUGUGCUAUGAAUCUUCAGACCUGGUGGACUGCAGGUCUCGUGGGUUGACCCGGGUCCCAUCCAGCAUCUCCCACGGCACCUGGCUGCUGGAUCUAAGUGCGAACAAGGUGACAGAGGUGCACACCAGGUCUUUCAUAGGACUGUGGUCACUCAAGAUCCUCCUCAUGUCCAACAACAGCAUCCAUAUUCUGCACCCACAGUCUCUGUCAUCCCUGCAGUUUCUGGAGAAGUUGGAUUUGAGUUUUAACCGGCUGCGGUGGCUCCCUCAGGACUUCUCUCAGGGCCUAUACUCCCUCCAGGAGCUCCGGCUGAGCAACAACCUGCUGCAGCACUUAGACUCCAAAUCACUGGAAGACUGUGGCAGCUUGAGGAAACUGGACCUCAGUUACAACCACAUCCGAGGACUGGACAUCAAGGCUUUGAGCAGCCUGUCUCGACUGAGCUUCCUCAACAUGGAGGGAAACAGGCUGAAUGUUCUUAAAGAUGGCCAGCUGAACAGGCAGCAAACCUUGGAGGUCUUGCUGCUCAACUACAACAACAUCUCAAAGAUUGAGGCCGAAUCUCUGGCUCCCUUGCGAAGGCUCUCUCUGCUAGGUCUCAAGGGAAACCAGCUAGAGCACAUAAGGUUCAAGACCUUCCUGAAGCUCCAGACAACCAGCACCUACCUUCAGAUGUCCCUCAACCCCUGGAUCUGUGACUGCGAGCUGCAGCGCAUCUUCGGCAAGAUCAACCAUGUGCGACAUCUGCACGUAGAGGACUACAAGGACAUCAUCUGUCACGCUCCCGCUCAGCUAGCCGGAAGUCUCCUGGCUUCGAUGGACAGCCAGCUGUGUAUAGCUGAGACUGCCUCAGUGCUCGUCAUCACCAUCACCGUGAUGCUCGCUGUGAUUGGUGCUCUGGUAAAAGCGGAGCGCAACCGUAAGAACAAACAAGCCUCAAGUGAAGCAGAGUCCCAGGGACAAGAAAAGUGAUACUUUUUACUCAUUUACAGGAACUCUAGGACUAAUAUGUGACCUGAUUCUGGAUGCUGAGCAGCAGACAAGUACAAAUUAUCACAUUCUAUUCUGUUUCAAUGCUCUUUAAAGCUUUUUAUACUUAUGAAGCAGGCACUGUAGGAAAAAGGAGAGAAAUCAAAGUGGAAAUGGCUCAUGUAGUAGCAUAGUAAACAAUCCAAAUUUACCCAUAUGUUCUGGGUAACAUGAACAUUAAGUGUCAUCUUGUAUACUUGCCUAAAGAACUUUUUAAUGAGACGCAAACUUUGUCUUAAUCUACAGAUUACAGCAAAAGAGCGCGAGUAGGUCCUAGAGAAAAGCCUGAGCACUAUUCCGGUGCGUGUAGGACUCAUUCAACAUCAGGCUACCUCCGAACAUUUUUGAAAUUCCCUUUACUGGUCUUACGACACAGCCACAUCUCAACCCCUUUGAAAACUGGUUGGUCUCCAGUACCUGAUCUAUCCUUUUUGUCAUUGACC